UUGGUGCUGCCGGCGUGUGGCAAAUCAACAAGCUAUUAUACCUCUUCGUUUACGCGAAUUGUUGCUCGAUUUGCUAAUCGGGUCGCGGUGCAUCAGUAUCAUCGGUUCGUCUUGAAAGCUACUUGGGAGUUGCUGUUCGGUAGUUGCCAUUAUUUGUUUUUAUUCUAUUUUAUUUAAGUGAAUAUAUUUGCCUGAUGAUAUAUCUUCUUUCUGCAAUUGCAUAUGGAAAGUGGGGUUGAUAAUAGAACUAUCUCGGAUUACGUUCCUUGGGACAAGAUUAUAUAUAAAGAAAACAGAAGGAAAAACAUCUAUAGCGAUGCAACACGACGCGGUAGUGGACAACUUCGCAGUGGCGAAUCCUUUUGCAGGCAUCAAAGGUUGAAUUUGAAGAAGAUUUCGCUCACGGAGCGGGAUCUAGAUGCUAGAUAGGAUUGGAACAAAAAAAUAGAAGAAAGGAAGAGCGAAAGAAGAAAAAAGAGAAUUGUGAUAGGCGCGAAAAAACCAAGAACAAGAUAAGGGAAGAAAGAGGGAUGGGCGCUGGGAUGGGUAGAAGUGGUACGAGCGGCGGUCUUCUUGAAGCACUUCCCACGGGAACUCCAUUCCAUGUGGCAAUGCUUGGUCUUGAUAGUGCUGGAAAGACAACCGCCUUGUACAGACUCAAAUUCGAUCAAUAUCUCAAUACUGUGCCGACCAUCGGUUUUAAUUGCGAGAGAAUUCGCGGCGGCAUCGGAAAAGCUAAAGGUGUUAAUUUCCUUGUAUGGGACGUCGGUGGACAGGAAAAGUUACGGCCAUUAUGGAAAUCAUACACGAGAUGCACAGACGGCAUCAUUUUCGUCGUUGACUCCUGCGAUACCGAGAGGCUUGAAGAGGCAAAAAUGGAACUUACUAGAACAGCGAGGAGUCCGGACAAUGCGAGUGUGCCGAUUCUAAUUCUCGCCAACAAACAGGAUUUACCUGCUGCUGUCUACAAUCUAGGCGCGAAGGAAGUCAGUGAACUGGAAAAGCAUUUGGGAGUUUUGGAACUAACUGGAAUGCCUGGUAGUUCUUGUAUUCGUGUACAACCAGCGUGUGCUAUUACGGGCGAAGGACUCCAUGAGGGAUUAGACACAUUGUAUCAAUUGAUUUUAAAGCGGCGCAAGCUGGCUAAACUGAACCGGAAACGAGCCAGGUAGGCCAGGGCGUCGGAAGACUGCACAUGCGUCUUCUGAUAUUGUCAAUCGCGGACAGUUUCUCCUUUAGCAACACUUUCCAUAACUUCCACUUCAUCUUCCUUUCCCAAUUGUGAUAGGGAAACAACAGUGACUUGAAAGAAGAGAAUAGUGUCGAUCAUCUUUUUUUUUUUACUUUUGUUAGCGGUGAAACUAACACUGUUGAAGCGAUGUAAAGCUUAUGUUUGAGCUUUUGUAUGUGUGUACGUAUGUUUGUACAUAUAAAUAUAUAUCAAUUGUAGAACUGCAUUGAUA